AUGGAAAACGAAGCAAGGGUCGUCAACGCUACAUUUGAUCAUGUAUGCAAGAUAGAGCAGGCAUCACCUUCCAUUACCCCUGCAGCAUCGAAUGUGACAUCGGCCGCAGCAUCCACAAAUACGAUCCAAACAUCAAAUGCUGCUGCAAAACCUUUGACCCUUGAUAGCAGCCGACGCAAGUUUAUGCAACAGAUUCUAUACAAUGCUAAAGCCGAAAAAGGUCGAAAUAAGAUUCCGCUGAAAAGAGAGACACUCAUCCUUCACUCCACACAGUCGUUGGCGUCCGACCAUCACGAUGGUAAACAAGAACAAGCUUCUUCCGAAACAAAUGGUACCAAACAACCCGUUGAGAAGAAAGAAGAAAGCAGAGACACUAUCUCAUCCCCAUACAGAGCAGUGGCGUUUGAUCACUCUACUGACCGUGAGAAAGAAGAAAAUGCUACGUCGCUGGUUUCGGAGGACGACGGUAGUAUUCCCGACCAUCAAGCCAUGAUUGAAAUGCGUUUGUCGACAUCCAUGUGCAAUGAUAAAGAGAUGAGGGAAGGAGUUUACCAGAAUAUGGGAAAGCCACAAUUAAAAUCAAAGGGAAAAACGUCUAACCAAAUGGCACAGCAAAAAUUGCAACCCCCACCGUCCGAGGAAUGUGACAAACAUGCGCCACCUCCAGAAGGAGCAACAGUGGAUCAAGGCAACUACGAAGGCAACGAUGGAAACCCGUUUGAUCAAUUCUUUCGUUUUAUCGAAAAAUCAGUUUGUGGAAAGGUUUCGACUGAAGCGAGCACCGUUAAGGAAGAGGAACCGUCACUGGAAGAAGGCGAUCCUUUUGACUGUGAGUGUGUUGUAUCGGAUGUAAAGCGACCAACCAAUAAAAAAGGUGCUACCAGAGUGAUCAUGCAAGUGAAGAAGGUAUUGAAGUCCUCCAAGGCCCGUCGUCACAACGAAGAAGAGCCCACAUUUUCUUCCCUGCCAAUCGCUGGCCUAGAACGGGAAAACAGUGUCGUUAUGAGCAGCAAAGACCUUUCUUCAAACCAAGUGAAUGGGGACAUCAGGGUGCAAGAUGGCCAGGCCGGAGCCGAUAAUGUUCAACGAGCGGGGAAAAAGGCUGAAAUCCGCGAGGAACUUGAACUUGAACCAGUACCAGAACCGACACAACUAGAGUAUGAAAGCGCCAAGGAGCUCCUGUCGUCAAGAUGCAGAGAGCGCCUAGCUGACUAUCACCGGGAAAACGGACGAAGUGUUAAUGUCGAAGAAAAGUGGAAGGAUGUACCGGCAUAUUCAACCAAAAUGACCAAUCAAGAAAUCAUUGAUCGUGAAAAGCUACGGGCUCAAUAUCUCUAA